GCUCGACUAGCUACUUUGUACCAUACGCAUAUACAUACACAUACGCAUACGCAUACGCAUACGCUGCCAAUAUGUCCGAUCCCGACUACAAACAUGCUGUCUUCGCCUUUUACCGCUACGUGCCCACGAUGGCGGGCGCGGUUAUCUUCGCCAUUUUGUUCUUCCUCUCGACGACGUUGCAUAUGGUGCAGAUGUUCAAGACGCGGACGUGGUAUCUGAUUGCCUUUGUGCUGGGCGGGUGGUGUAAGUCUCCAAACCCCGGGUUGAUCUCCGUUUCCAUGGCGAUCUCCGCGAGUACGAUGCAGAACACUGACAUCUGCCGCUUUGUAGUUGAGCUCAUUGGAUAUGCUGGCCGCGCGGGCUCCGCUGCCCAGGAACCUGGCUACUGGACUCUGACGCCGUAUAUCAUCCAGAGCAUCUUCCUGCUGGUUGCGCCGGCCCUCUUCGCCGCGUCCAUCUACAUGGUCCUUGGGCGCAUCAUCCUGCUCACCGAGGCCGACUCGCGCUCCAUCAUCAGGCGGCGUUUCUUGACCAAGCUGUUUGUGUGCGGCGACGUGCUGUCGUUCCUCAAUGGCGCAUCCAAGCUAACGCAACAUGCAACAGGCGGCGGAUUGAUGGCCAUGGCCGCGCACGGCCACCCCGAUGCGCUAGAGACGGGCGAACACGUCAUCAUCGGCGGGCUGUUCGUGCAGCUCUUCUUCUUCGGCUUCUUCAUCGUCGUCACGGCGAUUUUCCACGUCCGGCUCGGGCGCAACCCCACGGCGCAGUCGCAGAACCCGGCCAUCCAAUGGCGCAAGUACCUCACGACGCUGUACGUCGUCAGCGUGCUCAUCAUGAUCCGGAGCAUCUUCCGUGUCAUCGAGUACAUCAUGGGCAACGACGGCUUCUUGAUGACGACCGAGGUGUUUUUGUACAUUUUCGAUGCGCUGCUCAUGUUUGGCGUCUGCGUCUGGAUGAACUGGGACCAUCCUAGUGCUAUUGGCUUGUUGCUCCGUGGCGAGAGGCCGGCGGAAAGCGGGUUCAAGAUUGUGACGGCGCGCCCGACUAAGCAGGAGGUUGUCACUUUGACGGAGGUGUAGAGGGAUCCGUAAUGAUGUUUCAUGUUUUGAGCGAUUGCAAAAGGGCGGGCAUUGUGGGUACUUGGGCGUUCCGGGAAGCAUUGGGGGACAUAACCUUGAAUAUGGGG